CUCCCAACCCCGAUACGCCGAAAGUGAAUCAAAAUCGAUAUUUGUCCACCAUAGAAUUAACAAUAACAUGGGGUAAGCUGUAAAGUAGAAAACGCAGAACAGCCGUCAUUUUUUCCCGCGGUUGCGGCGGCGGCGGCAUAGAAAAUGCAAACCAGAAGGGAAAAAAUACCCACAUGAUUCACGUGCUCUUAAAAUGUUGCGACUUUAGCGGGCGCCGGUCCAUUUUCUCUAUCAUGUAUUCUCCACGUGCUUAACUCCCUUUCUCUAUAUAUUCAAAACAAAUCACUCUCUUCAGGUCAAAGAAAAAAAUAUAUCUCUCUCAACAAUCUGUAGAUCUUCAAUUCAUCCAAAAAAUGAGAAGAAACUGCAAUUUGGAACUCAGGCUAUUUCCCCCUUCUGAUUCUUUCGCUUCUCAGCAAGAUGAGAACGACGUCGUUGAAGAAAUUCCCAUGUCUUUGGAUAGGAUAAGAUCAAGAAUUGGUAAUGAAAGGCAGCAGAUGACAAUAUUCUACGACAAUGAAGUUGUGGCUUGCGAUGUUACAGAGCUUCAGGCUAGAGCCAUAAUAAUGAUUGCCAGUGAAGAAAGAUGGAAAACGACAGUUUCGGAGCCAUCUUCACCAUCAAUGCAACACCAACUGUGCAGGCCCCCAGCCCCUACUACUGAUAAUGGCCUUUCAAUGAAGAAAUCGCUGCAAAGAUUCCUUCACAAGAGAAAAAACAGGGUGCAAUCAACAUUUCCUUAUCAUCGCUAGCUGAUACAUUAUUUAAUUCAUUGAAUGCCUUCUUGCCUUGUUGUUUAUCUUUGUAUGUACUCUUUAUAUGUAUACAUAUGUGUAUUUAUACACCGUUCAAGAUCUUUAUUUGAUUUCUUGUAUUCACAUAAAAGUUCAGAAAACUAAUUUAAGAACUAAGAUUGAGCAGUGAGGAUCCAGGAAAAACGCUCAUUGGGGUAAUGCAAUGCUAAUU